GAUGGGGAGAAGGAGGGGAGGAAACCCGAGAGAGACGGAGAAAACCGAAUAAGGGUUCAGUCCAACAUACAUGGCGCCCGCCGACCCUCGCAUUUAAACCGUCCCGCCUCCAAACCCGCUUCCUGUGAUGGUCACGUUGGAGCAAACGGCCGCGGCGAAGGCGUUUUAAGAGCCGAGGGACGGCAGCGGUCCACCAUUGUGCGCGCAGGACUUGGAAGAAUGGCCUGGAUGUGGAAGAGGAAGUCUCUUAUCGCCACCAGCCUGAUUGUGGUGGUUUCGCUCUUUGUGGUCGUGGUGAACUUCUCGCAGAACUUCCUCCUGCAGCCUGUGUUUGGUGAGACGUUCAGCAACCACUGGAUGUUCUCCAAGCAGUCAUACAAGGCUUUCAAGCCUCACCUUGGCUACGUCAGCAUCCCGAAACAGGAGCCAUUGAAGCUGAACUGCGAGCUGUGCAGCAUCGUGUCCAGCUCCGGUCAGAUGUUGGGCCAGGCUGCCGGCGCGCAGAUCGACCGCUCUCCCUGCAUCUGGCGCAUGAACAACGCUCCCACGCGAGGGUUCGAAAACGACGUCGGGCGGCGGACAACGCUCAGGGUCGUCUCUCACACCAGCGUCCCGCUGCUGCUGCAGAAACCACAGCACUUCUUCGGCCAGGGCAACGACACCGUGUACGUGGUGUGGGGGCCGCUGCGGAACAUGAGGAAGGACGGGAAGGGCAUCGUGUACAACAUGCUGCGCCAGGCGUCUGAGAACUACCCGCACGCUCGCAUCUACGCCACCACAGAGGACCGGAUGAACUACUGCGACAUGGUGUUCAAGAAGGAGACGGGAAAAGACAGGAUUCAGUCCGGCUCUUACCUGAGCACCGGCUGGUUCACCCUCAUCCUGGCCAUGGACAUGUGCAAAGAGAUCCAUGUCUACGGCAUGAUAAACGACACCUACUGCAAGACUGAGGGCUACAGGCAGGUUCCCUACCACUACUACGAGGCGGGCAGCCGGGACGAGUGUGCAGAGUACCAUCUGCACGAGAGCGCCCCCUACGGCGGACACCGCUUCAUCACAGAGAAGUCUGUUUUCGCCAAGUGGGCCAAAACCCACUCCAUCAAGUUCUUCAACCCUCCGUGGCAGCUGUCGUGACCCCGGCCGACCCUGAGCGUGACAAAAUCUACACUAAAACAAACAUCAGUUUUCAGAUUUCUCCCUGUAUCUGUUAUUUGGUUCCCAUUUGGUUCUUCAGAAUUAAGUGAAAUCUGAAGACUAAACGUGGACGUGCAUCUUUCAUACCUUCGGCUUCUUGGAUUGUACGUUUUCAGCAGACGAAUGUGGAACGCUCCCUGCUCCAACUGGCAGAACCAAACAUUUGCGGCUCUGUGAGUCCAGAAAGAGCGGCGCCUUGAGACGAAAAGACGUUAUCUGGCGUUAACUCGCUUUGGCUUUGGGGGGGAAGAACUCCAACCGGACGAUUUGUGUCGGCUUGGACGUCUCAUCAGCUUCUCUGCUGUUUCCUCUUGGAGUUCACCUCCAGUCAGGUUGUAAUUACUCUGUAACAAGCUUCGUCUCUGUCGGUUUCAAUUUGCAUCGAUCCGUUUAAAAAAUCUUCAGCAAACAAGAUUGUUUCACAAAGCGAUAAAAAAAAAAUAAAAUAAAAAUCAGGUUGUCGGUAAA